AUGGUAUGGGGUGGUGGUUUUCUCAUGGAUCUAGGCGUGGUGGAUUUUGCGGGCGGUACGCCAGUGCAUAUUAAUUCUGGAGCGACAGCGACAGCCUUGUCCGUAUAUCUCUCAUACCCGUUGUUCCGCUCACGCAAGUCGUCGACCCGAACGCCAUCCCAUUUGGUCGUCCACCGUCCUGUCAACUCGCUUUGCCAACUUCUCGCUCUGAUCAGUAUUUGGGGUUCGUGGCUGGCUUUUGAUGCUGGGACGACUCUGGCAUUCAACUUCAAGUCCGUAAUGGCCUUGUGUGUUACGAACCUCUGUGCUGCAAGUGGGUCGCUCACGUGGAUGGUUUACACCUACGUGGAAGUGGGACGCUGGAGUCUAGACUCAUGCUUUAUGGGUGCCAUCUCUGGACUCAUCAUGAUUACGCCUUCUGCAGGCUUUAUCGACCUGCCAACAGCCUUCCUCUUUGGUAUACUUGGUGCGUUGUUUUGUCGUCAAGCGCUUCGUAUCAAGUUCAGUGACUUUGCUCGACGCUGGAGAUGGGUUGACCACGGCGACACCUUCGCAACACACUGCCUUGGUGGUAUUCUAGCAACAAUCUCCACCGGCUGUUUUGCGCAGAAAGAAGUCGCUGGUUACGAUGGGUUCACCGAAAUCGUUGGCGGAGUGUUCUUCGACGGCAAUGUACGGCAGCUUGGUAUUCAGGUUCUGGAAGCCCUCGUCGGAUUCUCGUGGUCGUUCAUUGGAAGCUACGUCAUGUAUGCGCUCAUUGACUGUGUACCAGGCUUCGAGGUUUUAGCUGAAGAUAAGGACAUCAUUGCAGGCUUGGAUGCAAGUCAAAUGGACGAAGAGACGCUAUGGACCGAGACGCAGAAGUACUACCCCUACGCCGACCGCGAAGGCGAGCUGCAUCUCGACUAA